AUGGAAAAGAGCAGACACCAGGAAUAUGUUAUUUUCCUGUUUUUGAUGGGCUGUAAAGCGAUUGAUGACACCGUCUGCCGCCCUCCUCAGCGAUUGGGCAAUCUUCAUUCAACCCUCGUUUCCGAGCUGACUAGUACCAGUGGACCGGAAAAGUCCGGUUCAUGCUCAUUCAACAGCGAAGGAUUCCAGGGGUACCCUUCAUCCACUCCUCCUAUCGGGGACGAGGGAGAGAUCAACAAGGCUGUUUGGUUUCCUGCGCCGGCCGAGUUUGGGGAAAAUCAAGAAUCCGACUUUGAUAGAUCAAAUCCGAUCUCUCAAUCAAACAAACGCUAUCGCGCCGCGGAAAUGUCAACAGAAACCAUGAGACCAAGUCAAGUGUCUCAACAGAUCUCUAAACAUCAAAGCUUGGCCAGCACAAACAAUUGCAUGGAUUUACAGCCUGCUACUGUUGCUAGUGAAGCAAGACCAAAGAAAUCUAUCAGACUCAUGGGCACUUGGAUGGGACUUGAAGUGGAACCCACUUUCCGAACGGAGAAAUGGUAUUGGCUCGAGAAGCGUAUUCAGGAUGUCUUUGAAUCCCCCUCGUGGAGCGACGAUAGUGCCGGAGUUGAUCAGUACUGA